AUGAGAAUGUUAAUUUUAUAUUUAAAAAUUACUACAUUCCUUCUUUUAAUUUGGAUGUAUCAAUGUUUUUAUAACUGUGAUUUUUAUAAAACUUUGAUUGAUAAAAAUAUAUUGCAAACAAAAAAUGAGUUAAAAUAUGAAAGAGUGUUAACAGAGGGUGACAUAUCAGGAAAAAAGCAAACAUACGCUAAGGAAUGCAUAGAAGAAAGUCCAUUAGAUAAUAAAAAAAACAAAUGGGAAAAUCCGGAUCUAUACAAGGAUCCGUACAAUUAUUGGUAUAAGGUCAUUAUUCCAAAAUUGUGGGAGCAAUUUGAUAAAGAAACAAGUGAAAUGAGCCCUAAUUCGAAAAACCGAGAAUGGAAUGUUGAAUGGCAUAAAUUAUCAACUGAGAAAAUUAAAGAUCUAUAUUUAGUAACUCUUCGACGUUAUAUUCCAUAUGAAGAAAAAAAAAAAAUAAUUGAUAGUGUUAUGAAAGAACUUGACUCAAGAUUUGAGAUAUUUUUAUGCGAAUGUAAAAUAAGAAAGGGAAAAAAAAAAAAAAAAAAAUAA